GUCGCGACCGUCGCGGCCGGGCAUCACCACACGCUGUGCGUCACGAAGAGCGGCGACGUGUGGGCGUUCGGGAGAAACGACGCGUCGCAGUGCGGUCUCGGGAAGGACGCGCCGCCGUCGAUCGGAUUCCCCGCGUGGGUGGAGGCGCUGUCGGAUCCCCGUGAGGAGCACGGGAGGGUGAUCUCCGUCGCCGCGGGGCAGAGCCACUCGCUCGCGUGCACGGAGAGCGGCGGCGUGUACGCGUGGGGGAGCACAGGCGACGGGAAG